AUGUACGUGGUGGUUAUUUGCAUUAAACUCCUGCUGCAAGCUUGUAUUGACAAAGCGGGCGAAAUCUCGCGCUGGUUGAUGAGGCUGGUAACCUUGAGUCAAUGUGGGCUCAUUGAGUGGAGACGGGGAAGAGUCACAAGCAGCGAUGGGACCCAAGAGCGGAGUGUGGUCCCCACCAGUGUCAACUAUCAUUUCACUCGGCAAUGUAACUACAAGUGCGGCUUCUGUUUCCACACCGCCAAGUCAUCAUUUGUGUUGCCCCUGGAAGAAGCCAAAAGGGGACUAGAGCUACUAAAGGCAGCCGGUAUGGAGAAAAUUAACUUUUCAGGAGGAGAACCUUUUCUGGUCAAUCGUGGAGAGUUUCUAGGGAAGCUGGUUCAGUACUGCAAGCAGGAGUUGAAACUGGCCAGUGUCAGCGUUGUGAGCAAUGGGAGUCGGAUCACCGAAAAGUGGUUUAAAAACUAUGGUAAGGACCUGGACAUUUUGGCUAUUUCAUGUGACAGUUUUGAAGAGGACACCAAUCGUCUCAUCGGCCGUGGGCAGGGGACCAAAAAUCACAUCGAGAACCUCCUCAAAGUCAGAAGUUGGUGCAAAGAUUACCAAGUGGCUUUUAAAAUCAACUCUGUCAUCAACAGAUUCAAUGUUGAUGAGGAUAUGAAUGAACAAAUCAGGAUGAUAAAUCCAAUAAGGUGGAAGGUAUUCCAAUGUUUGUUGAUCGAAGGCGAAAAUGCUGGAGAAGAAGCUCUGAGACAUGCAGAAACAUUUAUUAUCAGCAGUAAAGACUUUCAGAGAUUUUUGGAUAGACAUAAGGAAAUCAAGUGCCUUGUGCCUGAAUCUAAUGAGAAGAUGCGAGAUUCCUAUCUCAUCCUUGAUGAAUAUAUGCGCUUCCUAGAUUGUACCCAAGGCAGAAAAGAUCCAUCAAAAUCUAUUUUGGAUGUAGGUGUUGAGAAUGCAAUUAAAUUUAGUGGGUUUGAUGAGAAAAUGUUUUUUAAACGUGGAGGUAAAUACACAUGGAGCAAAGCAGAUAUGCUUUUGGAAUGGUAA